UUAAUAUUAAUAGAGUGUUUACUUAUACCAAAUUUUUUAUUCCCAAAAUAUCAUUACGAUCAUUUAAAUAAAAUAAAAUGCCUGAAGAAAGCCAUCAAAACAACAACAACAAUAGUGUUCUAAUAAAUUCAACACAACAAAACGGAAAUUUAAAAACAGAAAAAUAUCAAAAAUAUCCUGAAAGAAAUCUUUUUAACCAUAUUCCUUUAAAUUCUGCACUUUUAGAAAAUAUGAAUAGGGGUGCACUUUUUCAAGAAAUCAAGAAUCGUCAGGGAGAUUUUAUGCGAGCAUUUAAUGAAGGGGAUGCUAAAGGGGCUGCUGAAAUAUAUGAUCCAGAUGGUUAUUUUAUGCCUAAUGGACAUUCUCCAGUUAAAGGUCGUUCAGGGAUAGAGGCAUUCUUUCAAAAAGAUAUGGCUGAUGGUGUUAGUAGUGCACAGAUAAUAACAGAAGAAGUUAAUGGUUCUGGAGAUUGGGCUUUUGAAAGAGGAAGUUAUCAUUUAGAAUGUGGAAGAGGUACAGAAUCUGGUGCUUAUUUACAAGUUUGGAAGCGAAUUAAUGGUGUUUGGUUGGUUCAUAAUGAUUGUUUUAAUGUUGUUCAAUCUCCACGAAAGUCAUAA